AGAUCUUCUGUCGUACUGAUCAGCAGUGUAUCUGUUAUCUCUGCACCAUGGAUCAACAUAAAGGCCAUGAAACAGUCCCAGCUGCAGCAGAAAGGACUGAGAAGCAGAAGGAGCUCCAGGAGAGACGACAACAAAUCCAGCAGAGAAUCCAGGACCAGGAGAAAGAUGUGAAGCUGCUUCAACAGGAGGUGGAGGCCAUCAAUGGCUCUGCUGAUAAAGCAGUGGAGGACAGUGAGAAGAUCUUCACUGAUCUGAUCUGUCAGAUCGAGAAAAGAAGCUCUGAUGUGAAGCAGCAGAUCAGAUCCCAGCAGGAAACUGAAGUGAGUCGAGUCAAAGAGCUUCAGGAGAAGCUGGAGCAGGAGAUCACUGAGCUGAAGAGGAAAGAUGCUGAGCUGGAGAAGCUCUCAAUCACAGAGGAUCACAACCAGUUUCUCCAGAACUACCCCUCACUGUCAGCACUCAGUGAGUCUACACACUCAUCCAGCAUCAAUAUUCGUCCUCUGAGAUACUUUGAGGAUGUGACAGCAGCUGUGUCAGAGCUCAGAGAGAAACUGCGGGACAUCCUGAGAGACACAGGGACAAACAUCUCAGUGGCAGUAUCUGAUGUGGAUGUUUUACUGUCAGAACAAGAACCAAAGACCAGACCUGGAUUCCUAAAAUAUUCACAAAAAAUAACUUUGGAUCCAAACACAGCACAUAGGAAGUUGUUAUUAUCUGAAAGAAACAAAAAGGUAAUGUUAAUGGAGCAGCUUCAGUCUUAUCCUGAUCAUCCAGACAGAUUUACUGAUCAGUAUCAGGUCCUGAGUAGAGAGAGUCUGACUGGACGUUGUUACUGGGAGGUGGAGUGGAGAGGAAUAGUGUGUGUAGCAGUUUCAGCCAAGAUUAGCAAGAGUACAAAGAAAUCACAGGCAAGUUUCUUCGGAUUCAAUGACAAAUCCUGGUCUUUACGCUGUGAUAUAAACAGUAACAUGUUGUAUCACAGAGGGAUUCAAACUAAUGCUCCAGGUUCCUCCAGAAUAGGAGUAUAUCUGGAUCACAGAGCAGGUAUUCUGUCUUUCUACAGCAUCUCUGAAACCAUGACUCUCCUCCAUAGAGUCCAGACUACAUUCACUCAGCCUCUAUAUGCUGGGGUUCGGCUUGGAUCUUCCCCAGUUAAUGGGUCACCAAACGGAUCCUCUGCUGAGUUUGUUGAACUGAAAUAGUCAUUGACAAACUGAUUUAACAGGCGUCUUUACCAGAGUUUAUUUUUUCUUUGUUUUAAGCAUAUUUACAGUAUGUAUGGAUUCAAUUAUUAUCUUCAAAUCUCAACACAUUACAAUUUUUUAUUUUGACAAUAUCGUUAAAAUGUGUAACAUCCAACAAACUGUGGCUUUACAUGUUUUGUUAGUUGGAAACCAUUGGAAACUGUAGAAACCCUGAAAAUCUGUUCAGGAUAUGAUUGAAUUGUGAUGUUGGCUUCAUCUCCUAUACUCAGCAAAUAUCUUUAAUGUAAUUUUUUGUGUUGCAAAGUUGUAUUUCUUUUAAAUUUCUGCUCUUAGUUUUAAACUGAUCCUUUGUUAGAAAUAUUGAAUUUAUACUACUUUUGUGUUUAAUGGGUUGUGUACUAAUGAACUAAUAUGAUGUAUAAUGUUUGAUUCAUCUUUUAUUAACUCUUACUUAAGAUCGUUCCAGAUAAAGGUCAUGCAACGGACGGGUUGUGAAGGAGGCCUGAACAUCCUCUAUCACAUGCUGGGUUGUAAAAGAGGCCUGAAUAGCCUCUAUCACAUGUUUCUUCUAAACAUGUGUUCUUGGAACAAUUUAAUUCUA